CUUGUGACAUGAUAGGCGUAUUGUAUACAUAUCUACAAUAAAAAUGUUGUAAUCCUCGUUUCUCACAAAGGAUUUAAACAUCAUCGGUAAGAAAUUAAGAAUAGAAUUACAUUGGAAUCUUUUCAAGAUCGAAGGACCGACCUAGCUUUAACGUCACCAGUGAAUGUUUACAUUCUCGAUUGGUCGUUGAUGUAUAUCGGAGCACCAGAACUUAAAUGCAAUAAUGGGUAAUGCGGGAAGCAAUCAGCCUGUCGGUCAUCAUCACGGCACUACAGCAAACAGAGAGCGACAUAGCAAAGAUCAUCCUCCACCCUCUCCAGGAAAGGAAGGCCAGGCGUUCGUUUUCGACAAAAAACCUAGCCAGAAACUUGUAUUUCAGUCCUCCCACGAAGAAGAAGAGUCAUACUUUGCAAAAACCGGCCAACAGGAUGGAGAAGACUUUGGAUCGCAGCGUCCAAGAUCUAACACAGUGUCUGAGGGUACAAAAGUUGCAGAUAAUAAGGUGCUACCAACUGUUUUCAAAUGGGAAGGAGGUGGAAAGCAAGUAUAUAUUAGCGGGACAUUCACUGGAUGGAAAACAUUACCGAUGGUAAAAAGCCAUGGAGAUUUUGUCACGAUAAUUGAUCUACCAGAAGGAGAACACCAGUAUAAAUUUUUCGUUGAUGGAGAAUGGAGACACGAUCCUGGACUGAAAAUUGUAGACAACGGCAUGGGUUCCAAGAACAAUUUAGUUUCUGUUAGGAAGUCUGACUUUGAAGUAUUUCAAGCUCUGGCAAAAGACAGCGAAGGUGUUACUAGUAGCACUCAAAUGGAGUAUGGUCAAGAAAUACCACCGCACAAACCUUGGGAGAAAAUAACUGGGCCACCUAUCUUGCCGCCGCAUCUGCUACAAGUUAUCCUUAACAAAGACACGCCAUUAUCCUGUGAACCUACUCUUCUACCUGAACCAAAUCAUGUUAUGCUGAACCAUCUUUACGCUUUGAGCAUUAAAGACAGCGUGAUGGUCCUAUCAGCCACACAUCGUUAUCGCAAAAAAUAUGUUACAACUUUGCUUUACAAACCGAUUUAAAUGUCAAGUCAUUCCCGCGUUUGUUGGUGCUGUAUAUUUUUUAAUUAUCCCGAAAUAAUACAGGUGCCCAAGUGACACCAUAUUAAUGCAUAAGAUUUUUAUGAGCUUCUUUGAGGCAAGGUAGAAGAUUAUAAUAUUUAGAAAUAGUUGAUUUGUCGCUAUGUUUAUUAUAUCU